AUGAUUAUCAUUCGACAUGUUAAUAAUAAUAAUAAUAAUAAUAGUAGUAAUAGUAAUAGUAUAUAGUAAUAUUGUUAUUAUUAUUUUUAUAAUAAUAAUAACAAUAAUAAUAAUAACAAUAAUGACAAUGACAGUGACAGUGACAGUGACAGUGACAGUGACAGUGACAGUGACAGUGACAGUGACAGUGACAGUGACAGUGACAGUGACAAUGACAAUGACAGUGAUAAUGAUAAUGAUAAUGAUAAUAAUAAUAACAACAAAAAUGAUGAUGAUGGUGACAGUGACGGUGACGAUGAUGAAGAUGAUGAUGAUAAUAAUAAUGAUAAUCGCGGGCGCGUAACUUCAUUGGUGGACCUCACUGAUUGCAAUAAUAUAGUUAAAACUAGAAAAUACAUGCAUGCAGAAACCCUCGCAUUGCUGACAAAACCGUUGUAUUUUACGAACAUGAAGUAUCUAAAGUAGUUGUCAUGGUAACACGAUAAUUUUUUAAGAAUAUUCUUAAUACAAAUGAAAAAUCGCCUAAAAAUAUCACUUUUAAUUACAAAAUUAUCAAUUUCCCAACAUAUUUAUGUUAGGUAUGUAAUUAUACGUAAUACAAGCUUCAAUUUAAGGUAAAAUUCCACCACAAACAAUUGACAAAACGUUUUAAAGUGUUCUUUAUAAAACUAAACUGCCUUUAACUAUUAAAUGGCUUUAUCGAUAAACUUUGAGUUUUGCAAUAAAAUGAUUUCAAAUUCUCGCUUGCAAAUAACUUUGCUUUAUUUUUAUUUAAAAAAUUCAAUAUAAUAAAAAAGGGAGCAAUAUUAAAGAUACACUGAAAUUAUAUGCUGUCUUGUUUAGUUGUUUCAUAUACGCAAAGGCCGUCGGGUUUUAAAGCCAUUAUAAAAUCAAUAUUUAAAACAAACUUACCUUUGUUAACGUCGGCUCCCUUCUUUUAGCUGAUUCUUUCGCCCUUUCUUUCUUGAAAUUUACAAAAUCUUGCAGAAAUACGAGCAAAAAUGAAGAAUAUUUGCAAGAAAUUUGUCAAUCAUCAACUCAUCAAAUCAAGAAAUGUCAAAUGUUUGCUAUUUCGCUGUCGUCAUGCAGCCGUUAUAAUGCAAACUUUAAUUUGGACCAAUCAGUGUCCGCUUUUAAUGACAGUCCGCCAUAUUUUUGAGAUCAGUGAGGAUGACCACCCAUCGUUGGUGACCGACGCCCGCGCUCAUUGAUGAACUUCAGACUUCCCUAAUGCUUUCGUUUCUCCGGGUGUAAAUAGCCGGGGGGAAUUAGUACCCUCGCACGGCGCUUCGCGCCGCCGGCUCGGGGAAUAUAGCAUAGGGCAAGUUUUCUUUUAAUGUUUAAUAUUUACGAAGUUUGUUGCUUUAAACCAUUUCGGUCCGUUUGUCCCAAUUCAAUGUGUCAUCAAGUUUAACUCCCAAACACAGGAUUGAGUACACUCUGGGAAUCAGCUGAUCGUUAAUAAUUACGCGAAACUCAUUUUUAUUUUUAUGAUUUGAUCCAACAUACAUUAGUUUGGUUUUUGUUGAAUGAUGCUACAGUUUCUAAAAGACUAGCCAUUGACUAAAAUUGUUUAAAUCAUGAUUUAAAUUACCAUUAAGUUAAAAUCGCGGAUAAAGUAUCCGUGAAUCGUCUACAUAUAAGCAUGGAGGUGACUUCUCAAGACAAUCAGAUAAAUCAUUAAUAUACAACAAGAACAAUAUGGAUCUUUGAGGGACCCCACAAACAAUCCUUUUUGGUGCUGACAUUGCACCAUUAACAAAUGACACUUGUUCUCUAUCAGAAAGAUAGGAAUCAAACAGUUUCAAUUCAAUACUUGAAAUCCCUAAUUGUUCUUUCAUUUUGCGCCAAAGAAUAUUAUGAUUAAUAGAGUCACACGCUUCAUGUCAAAUCAAUAUUUGAAAAAUAUAGACAAUAAGUUACUGUAUGCAUGUUUUUCUAGUAUUAUAUUAUAUAAAACGAUUUCGCUGCCAGAUUUAUUCUAUAAAAUUAUCAUUCACGCCAUUCUUCGGAAACCGAAGCUCUUGAGACAUAUGGUAGAAACGCUUGGCCUUCAUUGAAGAUAUCCAGGAAUGCCGGAAGUUGCUGAUGGCAAGGGGUGCAAUUGGUUAACAAGAGGGCAUACUCUAUAACAAAAGGGCACCAAUGAAAAUGAAAAUGAAAGGGCAGGGGCGUAGGGCGAUAGAGCAUCUAAAAAUUAUUUUUGGCGACCCCUCCCCCUUCCCCCCCCCCCUACCACGUCGCCAAAAAAUUUUCGGUCGGUGUACCAUUUGGGGGGUCAAAAUUUUUUUCCGGAUAUACCACAUUUUUUUUCAAAUUUUCCGGAUAUACCAAAAAAAAUUUUCCGAAUAUAUGUUAUUUGUUCCGGAAAUUAAAACAUUUUUCCGGAAAUAACAUAUAUUGAAUUUUUCAAAAAUGCACUUUGGGCAAAAAAUGCAAUUUUAAUGAAAAAUUUUAACGCAAAAAAGGGCACUUUGUGCAGCCGCACUGCACCCGUGGUUGCGGCAUCCCUGAAGAUAUCACCGUUAUAUACAUGUCUUUGAAUAUCCUAUCCAUCAGUUUGACUAUGAUUUUAAACUUAUAGGGACCUCCCAAAUACAUAACACUACGUAUACCUCCCACGUCUACGUACAAAUUGGAUCAAACAACAAUCUUUUCACUCUUUUUAAAACUUACCUAACUGUGUACUCAUAUAUUUUCAGGUAUGCCUUGUGCUUCAGGACCUUGCAAUCAUGGACGAUUUUGCAUCAAUGAGGGAAGUAAUUUCACGUGCGAGUGCACACCAGGAUACACAGGAAAACAAUGUGAAGAACGAAGUAAGUUUUAAUGAGUUUUUCUAGGGGCAAACAUCUGGAGAUGAAAGGGCUAUUGAAUAUAUUCAUGUACUAUAUAAUUUCACAAAUAUGUAUCUUGCGACAAAAAACGCCACGUGGUCGUACAGUUCAUGAAAAUGUAUAUCCUAGAAUAUUUUAAUUUAUUUUUUUAUUUGUGCAUGCCUAGUGAUAUUUUUGAUUUCCUGCAAUCUGAUUGGCUGCAGCAGCGGGCAGCUUUUUACGAUAUCUUGACCGUGGUCCAAAAGAGUUAUUUUUUACCAAAAACCGAGGAGUGAAGACAAUUUUCAAACUCAAAACACUACCCAAAAAGUUUAAAAAUCCGCCCUAUCGAUACUAAAGAUAGUAAAAUACAGUAAAUUGGCUUCAGUGGACUUAGUGCCAAGCCCGAAAUGUACUUUUCUCCGACCAAACUGCGAAAAAAACAAAUAUAAACAUCGAAAAACACUUGCCAGUGCUACAUGUUUUGAUUCAAAUGUUCCACAUAUAUUCAGCUAUUCUUCAAAAAUAUACGUAUAAAUAUAAAUAGUACAACGUACAACUUGUGCUUAAACAUAUGAUAAAAUGUUAAUUAAAAAAACAACCUUAAUAUUAAAUGGCAGUUUAAAGACGAUUCCUGGGCUUAUUCGGGAAAAAUUGUAUUUAUAAAUGAUUGUAAACAACAAAUUGUUUUUCGGCAACAAAAAUUCGUAUUUGUCUGUCAAAAAGCAUUUUUUCAAGCAUGUCCAUGCUGCAAAACAAAUCGGAAAAUAAAUAUGUUUACUUUGUUUACCUUCUGUUUUCUUGUUGAGUAGAAAAUCAUCUAUUGCAAUAAAACUAUAAAAGCUUUUUAUCCAGCUGUUAUCGCGUCGUUUUAGCAGUUUGUCAGCCAUGCUUGCCCUAAAGUAACAGACGCAACUGAUCUCAAAUGUACUUCGCAACUGGAAUUUUAUCGGAAUUUCAUUAUAACCAUGAGCUAUCAAAUAAAAAAAUAAACACGUUAUUUACCGUUUAGGUCGGUCCGUACUAAAAAUUAUUUUCCCUCAGCCUCAGAAGCGUCCCUCGGCCUUCGGCCUCGGGCCGCUUCUGAGAUCUCGGGAAAAUAUUUUUUCAGUACGGACCUCGCAGCCGGUAAAUAACAAAUAUGUAUUCAUUUUUGUAAAACAUUGCAUUAUUUAGUAAGUAGUUUCUAAAUUAUUAUACCAUGGUAACUUCCUCGUUUGACUUUGUAGUCACACAAGAAAUGUACCCUUUAUUUAAAACGGCUUUUUUUUCGUUCUAGCAUGCAAGGACCCUAAAGCGUUAGGAAUGCAGAAUGGAAAGAUCCCAAAUUCAAGACUCAAAGCCUCGAGUGAAUGGAAUAGAGACUGGGGUCCAGGAUACGGCAGAUUACAUGGGAGUAGAUGCUGGAUUGCUCGCCCAUCAAAUACCAACCAGUGGCUGCAAGUUGAUUUCAAAUAUAGAGCAACAGUUACAGAGAUUCUCACACAAGGCCGAAGGAAUGCAUAUCAAUGGGUUAGAAGCUACACUGUUGCUUAUUCUGACGAUGGCAUUAACUUUAAAACAUACAAAGGGGAUAAAGCGCAAGAUAAGGUAACCCAACUGUGGUAUAUUUUUUCGUCCGGCAGCUCUUUGUCCGGUUGCAUUAAAACAAUUAUAAUACCAUGAUCUUCGGAAAUCACUUUAAAAUUUGGGCAUCUCACUCGCUAAAAUGAAUUGCAAAUGCAAAUUUCAAAAGUAAAUUAAAUUUUAUGCAUUUAUUAGUCCAAACAAGGAGAAGUUGAUUUCUGGUACUUUGUAGGUGUAUUGGUCUUAUAUUGGUGCUGGAAUUUCUCAAUCAUAAACCUUGGUUAACCUUAAUCCUUAAUCCAUAUUGAUCCAUACGUUAAAUAAUAGACGACAAGUUUUUUUUUUGCAAUCAUUGGAUUCAGUCCGUUUGUUUGCUGUCGCUGUCGCGUACCAGUUUUGAAAAGGACCCAGGGCAUCGUUAAAUGUACUUAUUAUUUAUUUAAAAAAUUCCUGGUUUCUGAUUGGCUAACAGCCAACUGUGAAAUUGUCAUAUCAACUCAAUGGCUAACGAAAUCUACGUUUUUCACAUUCAUAAUAGCAAAAUGACGUCAAAGAGUCAAUAUGAAAAAAAAUUGGACGCGCUUGCGCCAUAUUACUAUGACGACGAGAAUCAUAUUGACUCGCUGACGCCAUCGAUAUGACGACGACGGCUGCAGAAGGACUAAAGAAUUGUUUUUUUCUUAAUACAAGUAAAAUACAAAUGGCUUCUUCCAUUGAAAGGUUCGCCAACCUUGGCAAAGCCGAAAUUUAAGAAUUACUGGAGUAUAAAGAUUCGUUAAAUACAAAAAGAUAAACAAAAGCUUCUAGAAUAGGUAAGAACACUUUCCCUAAUUCUUGUUUGGCUGAUUAUUAACGCGGGCGAACAAAUGGAUGACCGUUUGUUUUGAAUUUUUUAAAUAAAUAAUAAAACAAUUAUUGAAUUCGGUUUUCACAUAAUAUAAAGAAUUAUCAAGCCCUCAGUUUGCCGUUAUCAACCUCAGCCUUCGGCUUCGGUUGAUAACGGCAAACUUCGGGCUUGAUAAUUCUUCAUAUCGUGCUUAACCUCAUUCAAUAAUUGUUAAAUAAUUACCGCAAGAAAAUUCACAAACAUUAAAUGUUCAAAGCAAACUUGCCGUAUAUUUCACAUUGAUUCCCCGUAAUCAAUCAAUUAUUCUUAUUUCUUUAAACGAUUUUCCAAAUAUAUGUUUUUAAAAAUUCAAAUUUUGUUUAUCCCACUCCAGGAAAGUAGCCAUAUUUUUGAGAUUAAUGAGCAGAUCCUCAUCUGCAUUCAAACUAUAAUAGAUAAGUGUUUCAUUGCUAAAAUGAUGUAUCUUUUUGAUACAGGUAUUUUCAGGCAACAUUGACCGAAAUAGUGUUGUCCGUCAAGAACUUUCGCCCGUUGUUGUAGCAAGAUUUAUCAGAAUCCAACCAAAGUCUUGGCAAUCGCACAUCUCCCUGAGAGCUGAAGUUCAUGGUUGUUUUGAAGGUAAGCUAGACGCAGCAAAUGCCCAAAUCCUAACAUUUUUAAAACUCUCUGACCUGAUUGGCGUUAAAUUAUACACUAUCUUAAAAUAUUCAAACAUUGAUUUGAUAUUAACUAUGGCAACACGAAUACAAUCAUUUUAAAUUUUUAGAAACCUUUUAUAUUUUUUGCACGAAAUGACAAAAAUAGUUGAUUAAACCACAGGAGGCCCAGGCUCGAUUUGCCCGCGCCCGCCUGUGCCUUCCUUAUAACGAGGGAAGGAAGGAGACAUUGAGACCAAAAUAGCCCGGACUUGGCAUAUGUCAUAUGAAAGUAUCCUCGAUUUUUCGCUUUUAAUGCAUUUCUUUCACGAUUAAUCGAUAUCCCCUGCAAGAAUGAUACCGUAUAUAACUCUCAAAACAACGAUGCUUUAAUCAUGCAAAGAGCUUAAAUUCGCUCUGAAAUCCGUGAGGGAAUGACAAAAUUCGGCCAAAAUAUAUCCGCGUGCCGGGUUUGCUGUGCAAAAAGCGGAGUCGUUGAACAACUCAAAAUACACUCAACUUUGAUUGGACAACGAAUAUAAACAAACAUUUCAAUUUUUUUUAACAGUAAUGUAAUAAUUUCAAUCAUACAAUCAAUACUAUUUACAAACGGUAUAAAGUGUAAAUAUUACUGCAUGUAAAUAUAACUGUAGUACGUAUAAAUUGUAUUUCACGUUGUGUUUGUUAAAAAAAUUUGAAUUGUUUGUUGAUAUUCGCUGUCCAAUCAGGGUUGAGUGUAUUUUGAGUUGUUCAACGACUUCCGCUUUUUGCACAGCAAACCCGGCACGCGGAUAUAUUUUGGCCGAAUUUUGUUAUUCCCUCACGGAUUUCAGAGGGAAUUUAAGCUCUUUGAUUAAAGCUUCGUUGUUUUGAGAGUUAUACGGUAUCAUUCUUGCAGAGGAUAUCGAUUAAUCGUGAAAGAAAUGCAUUAAAAGCGAAAAAUCUAGGAUAGUUUCGUGUGACAUAUGCCAAGUCUGGGCUAUUUUGGUCUCAUGCAAUGUCUCCUUCCUUCCUCGUUAUAAGGAAGGCACAGGCGGGCGCUGUCAAAUCGAGCCUGGGCCUCCUGUGAUUAGACAGGAUAAUAUUAUAGGAAAUUUCAACACAUUUUCGUUAAAUGAAUACGACAAUGUUCGUGCUUAGGGGAAAAAAUCAAAGCAACUAAAUUCAUAAAUAUUAAACAAUCCAAGUUGAACGUUCUCGACAUCAACCUCGUACCCAGAGCAUUUUGUUUCGGGUCGGUGAAAAUGGCCCUGGCAUCGGCCGGUCACAUGACCUCAAAAUCUCCAGUAUUUGGCGUGUUCAAUUAUGAUAAUUUAUGCUUUUAAUACGUAAAUCAAAUAAUUAUAUACAUUGUAAUUACUGACAGGAGUAAACAUACUCAAUGCCGCGUAUAUAAUCAAAGAGAAAGCAACGUUGCUUAAACCUCAUUCAGCAACAUAGCCCGUAAUAUUGAUGACUUUUUAACAUAUGCAGAGCCUGGUUAGCCUGUGAUUCAAUUCUUAAUGAAUAACCAAACCGCUUCAGCGUUUGCUUUACUGUAAAUCCGUAUAUGAGCAAAUAUAUUCCUAUCAAAAUCUUUAUUUGACUAUAACGCUGAACGGUUCUUGAAAUCAACGUACAUGUAAAAACAACGUAUGUGAGAAAUGUAUGUUGAAUUGAAGCAACUACUUGAACUACUCAUCUAUACAAAAUGUACAAAGACUAAAAAUCUUCUUUACUCAAUACUUUAGUCCUUUAAGAACUGAUUAUAAAUUUGCCACUGCACUCGUUCCGCCAAAAUGAUAAUCAUUCCCACAUAUAUUGAAUUCCAUUCGAAAUCAUUGACCAAUCAAGUUGCAAAACAGACCAGCCGUAGCCAGAGCCUUUUUAGCUGACCAUCCAACCGCGGAAGCAAAAACCCCUGCGUACGAGGUUGUCUCGACAUUUCCCGAUUUCCCAUAAUAAAUCCAAUCUUCUCAUUUCUUCAAAGCAAUAUUGCUUGGAAGUUCAAUGAAUGAAACGAUUUCUAAACAUAUGUGUUUGAAAAUUGGAAUCUUGCUUAUCCCACUCCUAGCUAACAGUCAUCAUGUAUUUCUAAGAUCAGUUAGAAAAUCCACCCAUACACCAUGAAACAAUUUUAGACUUCUCCAAUGCUUUCUGUUUCCCAAUACGUGAACUAGAAAUACAUGCUUGCAGCAACCCCUUGCCUAUAUUUCCCAAACAUUGUUUUAACAUGAAGCAUUCGAAAAUGGCCAACAUUCAACGCAAGCAUCCGUUGCGUUUAAAGUGUUGCCAUGACAACACGAUAUUUUUUCAUUUUUAAUUAUUUAAUUUUUUUGUACCAAACUGAAAAAUAGUUGAAGGAUUAGUACUUGUAAUUGUGCAAUAAUGAAUUUCCGAAAUAUAUACGGCAUGUUAUUUUGCAUUUUGUAAAAUUUAACUUGAAACGCUUCGUAAAAUGUUCUGAAAUCUUUAUUCCACUAAACUAUAUCUGCCGAUAAACUGUUUUUACUUGAUGAAACAUAAGUUCAAAUUAUUGGGUAAUUCAAUUCCGCCUGCAAAUCAAUUUGCUCUCCUUUGCAUUUUAAGAUUUCUUAAAUGAAACAGGGUAAUUUAGGAAACUUACAGCUCCGUUGGAAAGGAAACAGUUUAUGUUUUUAAGUAAAUAGUAAAAGCAACAAGAUUCAUAAACAUUAAACAUUCAAAGCGAACUUGCCUUAUAUUUCACGAUUUCUCAUAGUAAAUCAAUUCUUCUCACUUCUUCAAACAAAAAUUGCUUUAAAGAUAAAGCUCGUUGAGUAUGAAACGAUUUUCCAAAAAGUCAUGUCUUUGAAAAUUGAUAUCUUGCUCAUUGAAAAUUGAUAUCUUGCUUAUAAUCAGCCAUAUUUUCGAGACCAAUGAUGAGAUACACCCAUAAACCAUGAACUUUACACCACUAUACGCUCGUUUUCCACUCAAACCUUUCGCCGCCGCUGGCGAAACAAUUUCGCGGCGAAAAAUGUCUAGCGCAAAAACGUAGACAAAAGGGCGAAUGUUAACUUCUUGCCAGGAUCACAUUUGAUCACACUCCAAAAGUACGAGAGACCUUUGGUUAUGAUAACGCCAGUGAUAGGGCCAUACAUAACUAAAUCUAACAAAAGACGUGAAACCAUUGGACCCAGUGAAAGGCUUUGUGUAACAUUAUGUUAUUUUGCAACCGGUGACGCCCAGCAAACUAUUACUAUGAGUUACCGAAUCAGCCGAAUAACUGUCGGUACAAUUUUGAAGGAAACAUUAUAUUGUUAAGAGCAAGUGUGAAUUUGCUUUCGCUUUGUUUGCGUUCCACAGUAUCACUCAAAAAAUCCGCUCGUUGAAAUAAGGGGCGAUCCAAAAUGUAUUUUAUACGGGGCCGGAGCAAAAGGUAAGGCGGCACAUAAAUUGUUUUCAGCUCCAUAGAAGCGGAGUACAUAACUUUUUCUGCCUUGCAACUGCAUAGAAGCGCGGCCAGGCACAAAGUUAUUUCUGCCUUGCAAGGUAAUCUACGGCAAGCACAACUGUACAAACUUCCAAUAUCUCAAGAAAGAAACAAUCUAAGACAAUCUGGCAAAGUAUCUUAUAUAUUACUGAUACUGAAUUAUCUUUAAUAUAAUUUAAAUUGCGAUGUGAAAUUUCGUUCCAAUGUAUUGAAUAAUAGAUGGAAAAUUUAUCUGUUUUUAGAUCAACCCUGUUCAGAUGAUCCAUGUCUUCAUGAAGGAAGUUGUGAACAUGUUGGAAAAGAUUUCCAGUGUACUUGUCUCCCAGGGUAUUAUGGGAAAACCUGCGAACAGAAAGGUAUUUGAUAUUUUAAUGAUGUGCCUUACAACUUAGUAGGUUAAUUAUUCGAAGCCAAAUUUGGAAAUAUACUGUAUUUCGUCAAUAUUUUGCCUGAUUGGGCAAAGAUGGAUCUAAUAUGUGUUUUAUUGUAAUGAAAAUAAUCCUGAAACAAAAAAUUGUCCGUAUAAUAAUAAUACAGCGACAAUACGUAUGGGAUAUCGGCGGCAUUGACGUGCAUGUUGCAUGGUGGGGGGGAGGGGGGGUGGUGGAGCAGAAAGAAAAAAAGCUUUUAGGGCACGCCGAAACUGCAUGACAUAAAACCAACUUUGUAAAUUAACCAAAAUUUGUAGCCUAAUAGGUAAAUAUUGGACACAGUGUUCUUGACCGACUCACUGCGAACGGUACACAUGCGAAGUAUACUGUAGGUAACCCGAAGGACAGAUCUAGAUUCUUUUUAAUGCUUAUCUCUUUAUUUUCUUUCUGGAAUUUCAGUCAAAGAGUUUUAAUAAUAUUACGUAUUUUUAGCUUUGCCUGUCUUCUUAAUGAUCCCAGUAUAUUCACUUUGUAGCGAACAAUGCAAUCAAAACUCUCAUUUCAUCGACUAGUUCGUUAAAACCGCGCCAUGUUUUAUAAUUAUGAGUGCAAAACGACUAACCACUCGAAACUCUGCUUAGGCAAUGUGAAAAAAGUUUAUAGAAUCGGGAAGCUGAUAUGCUAAAUUUCACACGUGUAAAAUAUCGUCCGUUGUGAGAAUAUGAUUUUUAUUUUAUCCACCAAUCUCUAUUCUUGUAAAAUAAAAUGUAUUGCUAUUCUAAUCAUGGUCGCACAUGCAGGUCUAACAUUUAUCCAUAUACAUGUAUUACAAAUUUUCUUAUACUAUAAAAGGAAGUUCAUGACUUGUUUAAUUUUUAGAUUGCAAGGAACCAUUGCGUCUUGGCAUGGAAAAUGGCGAGAUCUUGGACGCACAAAUUACCGCUUCAACGGAAUGGGCCAGCAACAAUGGCGCAAAUAAUGCAAGACUGAACCUACGACGACCACGAAAUAGUCACGCAUGGGUUCCAAGGACGGCCUCUGGAUCAUGGCUACAAGUAGAUUUUGAACUUCAGGCAACAGUUUCUGAAGUAUUAACACAAGGACGAGGUGAUUAUCCUCAGUGGGUGAAAAGUUACACUUUAUCCUACAGCAGUAAUGGUCGUGAUUUCCAUCCACAUCGUCAAAAUGGAGUGUUGAAGGUACUUUAAUUAAUUUAUGAAUAAUUACCAUUCAGAAAUAAGAAUUGCUGUUAGUAUUGAAAGUGAUUCAAUAUUUCUUUUUUGCAUUAAAGUCAAAUUUGUACCAAAAAGGUACACAAAUGUACAGUUAUAUGGUUAGAAUAAAUAAGUUUUACACUAUUUAUUCAUGGAACGAAAUUUUGCGCAAUAUUUCGCGAUUGUGUUGUAAAGAAAUUGUAAAAUUACCAGUAAUAUACCUACAUAAAAUGCCAUGCUGAGUGGUUAUAUUACUACCUUAAAAAAUAAGCAGAACUCGACGUUUCGAGCGAAGGCCCUUUGUCAAGAGUUAGUAGUUAGAGUUAGUCCACUAACUCUUGACGAAGGGCCUUCGCUCGAAACGUCGAGUUUCUGCUUAUUUUUUAAGGUAGUAAUAUAUAAACACUCAGCACAGCAUUUUCACUUUGGUACUACCAACACAUAUACCUACAUAGCUUGUUUUUCCACACGAUUAAGUGAAUUAAUUUUAUAAUGGCUUUCUAAAAAACCCUUUUAUAUCAGUCUUAAAGGAGGGUGGGAAAGAGUAUUUUCGUGAGACGUGAAUGGUCAAUAUUUGUGCGCGUGAAAUGUGAAAUGCUUGAUUUUAGUGUCGUGAAAUGUGAUUUUUGUCGGGAAAUUGUUUUCUUAUUUUUCAAGCAGUUGAAUAACCCACUCUUUGCAACUACUUCUAACGUUGCUACCUACCCAUAGUAUUUAUUCUUUAAGUCACUUUGUUUCAGGCCAAAGUAAAUGUAGCUGCAAUUAUAAGUCCCAAAACAUCGCUAUGUUUCAUAUAAUUUUUAUUAUUACAUCACAAUGAUUGCAUUUGAAAGAUUAGUCUGAGUUUAUUGAUUACAAUGAUUUUAUUUCAAUGAUUACAAUGAUUGCAUCUUACACCAUUUUUAUGAAAUUGCCUUACAAUCAAAAUUUAAAUUCACGAAAAAAGAUAGUUUGCCAAACAAUCUUAAUUAGCUCGUUUCGUUCUUGAGAUAUUGACAAUUUUGAUAUGAUUACAUCGAUCUCAAGAUUUAUAUCAAAUCCUUUAUAAUUUCUUCAGAUAUUUUCAGCAAACAGAGAUCAAAACACAAUUGUACGUCGGGAUGUUUCUCCCGUCAUCGUGGCCAGGUAUAUGAGAAUUUAUCCACGGUCAUGGCAUAACAAUGCUGCACUCAGAGCUGAUUUUAGUGGUUGUGUAAAAGGUAUUACGUACCAUUCAUUUUAAUCGUGAAUGGGAGGGGUGAGAAGCUUUAGAUGUACGCGCAAAUGCACGCAAAUUUUAACAAUCGGUAAACAAGACAAUCAGUUGUAAAAAUGUACUGAUACUGAUCAGGUAGUGUUCAACAAACUUGACCGAGUUAAUUUUGUGACAAGUCUGGAACAAGUUGUUGUCACUUCGCUAAAAGUUUUAUGAUGGUAACAGACUUGCUACAAGGAAGAUGCGUGCUCAUUAUAUUCAUUCAUCACAAAACGCUUUAAGCAAACAUAUACAAAUAUUAUGUUUGUGAUGUUACUCUGAGUGCAUAUCCACACCGGGCGAGCUUGAAAAAUAUGCCCGGCCACGGUCGGAUUCGAACCUACGACCUUUGGAAUACUAGCCCAAUGCUCUUCCAACUGAGCUACGCGGUCAGGACGGUUCGAGUAAAUGAUAUUUCGGAACAGUAUCUAGUUCCUUCAAUACCAAUGUGUUCUUGUAAUAUGAUUUUUUUUUUCUGUGCUGGUGUUGUGUACUCAGGUGAAUAAUAUGUUUGUGAUGUUACUCUGAGUGCAUAUCCACACCGGGCGAGCUUGAAAAAUAUGCCCGGAUAAAAAAUUCAUAUUACAAGAACACAUUGGUAUUGAAGGAACUAGAUACUGUUCCGAAAUAUCAUUUACUCGAACCGUCCUGACCGCGUAGCUCAGUUGGGAGAGCAUUGGGCUAUUAUUCCAAAGGUCGUAGGUUCGAAUCCGACCGUGGCCGGGCAUAUUUUUCAAGCUCGCCCGGUGUGGAUAUGCACUCAGAGUAACAUCACAAACAUAUUAUUCACCUGAGUACACAACACCAGCACAGAAAAAAAAAAUUCAUAUACAAAUAUUGUUUCCAUGUCGUUUUAAUGUUAGAUGUGUGUUUGUCGGAGAGCAUAACUCCAGGAUUUUUUUUAAAUAACACUCCAGCUGCACAGUGAAAUGGCUAUAGUCGGUUCUGCCCAGUGAGCCCAGUGGAUAUCUGCAGGAGUACGCCCUCAGGCGUUGCAUGUGAAGCCAUGAAGGAUGAGGCAAACUGAUGUUUUUAUCAGUGUUAAAGCUAUAUUGAAGUCUCGAUUCAUUCAUCUAUCCUCAUUUAUCGACAUUUACGACAUAUUAAUGUGCUGGAUUUUGAUAGAUUAAUUAAGAUAUUUACAUUGUAGCCCAAGGCUGAGUUGCGUGACUUAUAAAUUUCAAAAAUAUUACAUUUAAAAUAUCUAACGUUUCAUAAACAGGUAGAAAAGUCGUUAGAUAUAAGUUAUUAAAUGAAACAAAUCUACGAAUUAAAUAAUUGAAUGCAGAAAAGAUAACGAUAUAGCCUACAAAAGGCAGGCAAAAAAUUUUUGUGAUCUAUCAGAGAUGUAUCUAUCACUAAAUGGGCGAAAGUUAUUACAAAAUCUUUUGACCCUAAAGAGAAGCUUAAGUGAUGGUUCUUUAUUGAUGUUAUUGAACACAUGUCUUGGCAUCUUGGGAAACUAUGCAAGAGUUAAAGUGGUCCAAGACUUUUUCGUAAUACUGUCGUGGUAAGAUAAUUGACGACACCUCAUCUUUCCAUGCGUUCGAGAUCUUCUCCGGAAGUGAAUGGCUGAACAUUGAGGUUUUAUUAUUCCACAAUUUUCAAAUUAUGUAACGAACAUGCAUGUACUGUGAUAUUAAGGUUACUUAACAUUAUUUGGAUAUUAUUUUUGUCUACCAAUUCUUAUUCUCUUUGUGUAGAUUUUCCAUGUGAAUCUAAACCAUGUAAGAAUGGUGGAACAUGUCUGGGUUACCAUGGCGACUAUCUUUGCAGUUGUGCCGAAGGUUUUGCGGGCAAACACUGCGAGAUAAAUAUAAGUAUGACGUUAAUUUUCUAUUCAAAUCUGCCCAUAGGCAUCUAA